AUGAAGCUGCCAGGCCAGGAGGAGUUUGAAGUCUCCAGUGCUUGCGAAAAUAUACCCACAGGAGAGCUGGACAGUGGCCCUGACUCUGGCCCCAGCCCUGAUGGCCCCUUAGACACAGACAGCAGGGAACAGCAGGUACCCAAGGACCCUCUACCUUUCAUCCAGCUGAAUGAGCUGCUGGGCUGGCCCCAGGCGCUGGAGUGGAGAGAGACAGGCAGGCGGGUGCUGUUUGAGAAGUUGGAAGUGGGUGCAGGCAGGUGGAGCGCCCCCGUGCCCACCGUGGCACUGCCCAGCCUCCAGAAGCUCCGCAGCCUGAUGGCCAAGGGACUUGUCCUGCUGGACUGUCCAGCUCAGAGCCUCCUGGAGCUCACGGAGCAGGUGACCAGAGUGGAGUCGCUGAGCCCAGAGCUGAGAGGGCAGCAGAGACCCCCACACCUCAUCCAGACCACAGGCACCAGCCCCUGCUGAGGAUCUGCUCAUCCAAUAGAGGCUUCUCACAAGGAGGAAGCCCCCCUGCAGGAACAGCAUCAGAACCCUCUGAGAGAGAAGCUCCCACCAGGGGCUGAAGCGGGGGCUGUGCUGGCAAGAGAGCUGGGCUUCCUGGAACAGCCAGUGGGGGUCUUUGUGUGACUGCAGGAUCCAGUGGUGCUGGGGCCCCUUACUGAAGUGCCCCUCCCCAGCAGGUUUUUCUGCCUUCUCCUUGGCCCUCCCACACAGGGAAGGGGGCACCGUGAGAUGGGCGGGGCAGUGGCCAUCCUCCUCAGUGACCCGCAAUUCCAGUGGUCAGUUCGGUGGGCCACCAACUUUCAUGACCUUCUGGCAGCCCUGGAUGCUUUCCUAGAAGAGGUGACAGUGCUCCCUCUAGGUCGAUGGGACCCAACAGCUCAAACUACCCCACCUAAAUGUCUGCCUUCUGAGCACAAAAGGCUCCCCUCGCAACUGUGGGAGCCCAAGGGCCCCUCUGCCCGGCGAAGGACCCCGGCUGAGGACAGGCACGGCCGCGGGCCGCACGCGGCCAGCCCGGAGUUGCGGCGGACUGGCAGGCUCCUUGUCCAGGACGUGCGCCGGAAGGCCUCGUGGUACCGCAGCGACUUCUUGGACGCCCUGCACCCCCAGUGCUUCUCAGCCGUGCUCUACAUUUACCUGGCCACCGUCACUAACGCCUUCACUUUCGGGGGUCUGCUGGGAGAAGCCACCGACGGUGCUCAGGGGGUGCUGGAAAUCUUCCUGGGCACACCACUGGCUGGAGCUGCCUUCUGCCUGAUGGCCGGCCAGCCCCUCACCAUCCUCAGCAGCACCGGGCCAGUGCUAGUCUUUGAACACCUGCUCUUCUCCUUCAGCAGAGAUCACAGCCUGGACUACCUGCCCUUCCGCCUGUGGGUAGGCAUCUGGGUGGCCACCUUCUGCCUGGUGCUGGUGGCCACGGAGGCCAGCGUGCUGGUGCGCUACUUUACCCGCUUCACUGAGGAAGGCUUCUGUGCUCUUAUCAGCCUCAUCUUCAUUUAUGAUGCCGUGGGCAAAAGGCUGACCUUGACCCGUGCCUAUCCCAUCCAGAGACCUGGCUCUCCUGCCUAUUGCUGCCAGUACACAGACCCAGGAGGAAAUGAGUCUCAGUGGACAAGCACAAAGCCAAAAGACAGAGAUGACCUCUCCACACAAGACCUAGGCCUGGUCAAUGCAUCCUUGCUGCCCCCACCUGAGUGUGCCCAGCAGGGAGGCCAUCCUCGUGGGCCUGGCUGUCAUACAGUCCCAGACAUUGCCUUCUUCUCCAUUCUCCUCUUCGUUACUUCCUUCCUCUUUGCCAUGGCCCUCAAGCACGUAAAGACCAGCCGCUUCUUCCCCUCCAUGGUGUGCAAGAUGCUGGGUGACUUCUUCUCAGUCCUGGCCAUCCUGCUGGGCUGUGGCCUCGAUGCCUUCCUGGGCCCAGCCACGCCGAAGCUCACGAUGCCCAGAGAGUUCAAGUCCACACUCCCUGGACGUGGCUGGCUGGUGUCACCUUUUGGAGCCAACCCCUGGUGGCUGAGUGUGGCAGCCACCCUGCCUGCCCUGCUCUUCCUCAUCUUCAUGGAUCAGCAGAUCACAGGGGUCAUCCUCAACUGCACCGAAUAUAGACUGUUGGGUAAGACCAAGGGAGCUGGCUUCCACCUGGACCUCCUCUGUGUGUCCGUGCUGAUGCUGCUGAGAGAGAGCAGAGCCUGUGCCCCGGGGGAGGCUCCCAGCUUCCUGGGCAUCAGAGAGCAGAGGCCGACGGGUCUGGCAGUGUUCAUCCUCACAAGAAUCUCCAUCUUCCUGGCACCUAUACUCAAGUUCAUCCCAAUGCCUCUGCUCUAUGGCAUCUUCCUAUACAUGGGGGUGACAGCAAUUAGCAGCAUCCAGUUCACGAAGAGGGUACAGCUAUUAUUGAUGCCAGCAAAGCACCAGCCGGACCUUCUGCUCUUACGGCAUGUGCCUCUGAGGAGGGUCCCCUUCUUCACAGCCAUCCAACUUGCCUGCCUGGGUCUGCUUUGGAUAAUCAAGUCUACCCCUGCAGCCAUCAUCUUCCCCCUCAUGUUGCUAGACCUGGUGGGGGUCUGAAAAGCAUUGGAGUGGGUCUUCUCACCACAGGAACUCCUCUGGCUGGAUGAGCCGAUGCCAGAGAAGGAGAGAAGCAUCACUGAGAAGGGGCUGGAGCCAGAGUACUCAUUCAGUGGAAGUGACAAUGAAGAUUCAGAGCUGAUGUAUCAGCCAUAGGCUCCGGAAAUCAACAUCUCUGUGAAUUAG